AGAAGUCAGACAACGGAAUUUAAUACAAUAUAUAUAUAUAUAUAUAUUGUGAAAGGCUGCAGCAUAAACCCUCAACGUUUGAAACUUGUGACUGAAAAAGGGAUCGGCGAGACGCUAAUAAUCCCACCGGCGAGGGCAGAGCUCCUCUAUCAAAAUGUUAAUAUUGCGUUAAAACUUGUACCAUGGAACAAUCUAGUGUAGCCUGCAACUUAUAGGUUUCUCAGCAGGGUUUUCUUUAUUUUUUGCCCUUCUCAUAAUCAUAUCACAAACACAUAUCUUCUUUCUCUGUUUUCCUCUGUUUUUCUCUGUUUUUCAAUUUUUUUGGGGAUUUUCUUCGAUUUUUGGAUUAUUCUAAUUAGUUUUCUUUUGUUGUAAGUUUUAGUCUAAAAGGUUCAAUCUUUCGUCGUCUUCCCACCGUUAAUUGUUGUUUUCAAAAGAAAAAAAAAAAAUUAGGAAUUUGAUCGAGAAACAAUAAUAAUAAUUAUAUAAAAAAAAAAUGCUGGGUGCUACCGCAUCGAGAUGGUGUAGGGCUGGUGGUGAGCUUCUCUCUAUACAAGCCAGAGGCCACAGGAAGAUUCUAUUGAAACGUAUUGUUCUAACCCAGACCGCCAAUUUGUAUCCCAUAGCUCAUAUUGGCUGUGGAAGCAGUUCUAAUGGCAGUCGAGAACGACGGUGCCUCAUUCACAGCAGCACCAGAAGCGACUUUCAUGGCAACCCAUUGAACCCCAUUGGUAGAACGACAACGAGGCCUUGUCCCCAAACCAUCCUCUUUACCACCCACGUCAAUGCCUUCCUUGCUGAUUCCUCUUCCUCUCGUAACCCUCAGUCUCAACCUGAUUCGAUGAUCAAUGGACGCAAAUUGUUCUCUACAUCUCCUACUGAUAACCAAAAUGGAGAUGCAACUAAGCAAUCUGCAGAGCAGAGCAAAGCUACUACUAUUAAGGGACCUCCAGACCAACAAGUUGCUGACGUGAAAAUCCUCCGUACUCUUGCCAGUUACUUGUGGAUGAAAGACAACCUCGAAUUCCGUUUGAGGGUCAUUGCAGCAUUGGGUCUUUUGGUUGGAGCUAAGGUUCUAAAUGUUCAGGUGCCAUUCCUAUUUAAGCUGGCUGUGGAUUGGUUAACCACUGCAACUGGAAAUGCUAGUGCUCUUGCUUCUUUCACUACAGCGAAUUCGACUUCAUUACUUCUUUUUGCAACUCCAGCUUCGGUUAUGAUUGGUUAUGGGAUUGCACGCACAUUAGCUUCUGCUUUCAACGAAUUCCGAACCGCUAUAUUCUCUAAGGUAGCUUUGCGAACAAUCCGAUCAGUUUCAAGGAAGGUCUUUUCGCAUUUGCAUGACCUUGACCUUCGUUAUCAUCUUAGUCGAGAAACAGGUGCACUGAGCCGAAUAAUUGACCGUGGUAGCCGUGGAAUAAAUUUUAUUCUUUCAGCUAUGGUAUUCCAUGUCUUGCCCACUGUGUUGGAGAUAUCUAUGGUUUCAGGUAUCCUUGCUUACAAAUUUGGAGCACCAUUUGCAUGGAUCACUUCAUUAUCAGUUGCUGCAUAUGUUUUCUUUACAUUGACUGUGACGCAGUGGAGAACUAAGUUUAGGAAGUCCAUGAAUAAGGCCGAUAACGAUGCAAAUACAAGGGUAGUCGAUUCACUUAUUAAUUAUGAGACUGUGAAAUAUUUCAACAAUGAAACAUUUGAAGUUGGCAAAUAUGAUGAGUAUUUGGAGAGGUAUGAAGAUGCUGCUUUGAAAGCGCAACGUAGUCUUGCUUUCUUAAACUUUGGCCAAAACGCUAUAUUUAGCACAGCUUUGUCAACAGCUAUGGUGUUAUGCUCGCAUGGUAUUUUGAAUGGAAGUAUGACAGUCGGUGAUUUGGUGAUGGUGAAUGGGCUUCUCUUCCAACUAUCUCUUCCACUCAAUUUCCUUGGUAGUGUUUAUCGUGAGACUAUACAGAGUCUAGUUGACAUGAAGGCAAUGUUUCAGUUGCUGGAGGAGAGAGCUGACAUUGCAGAUAAGGAUGAUGCAAAGCCUCUGAAUUUGAGUGGGGGUAGCAUUCAAUUUGACAAUGUACACUUCAGUUACUUGACAGAGAGAAAAAUUCUUGAUGGGGUAUCUUUCGUAGUACCUGCUGGAAAGAGCGUGGCCAUUGUUGGAACCAGUGGCAGUGGCAAAUCUACCAUUCUAAGAUUGCUCUUCAGGUUUUUUGACACCCAUUCUGGAAGCAUAAGGAUAGAUGGACAAGACAUUCGGAAGGUCACAGUACAGAGUCUACGAAAGUCUAUUGGUGUUGUUCCCCAAGAUACAGUGCUUUUCAAUGAUACAAUAUUUCACAACAUCCAUUAUGGUCGUCUUUCAGCAACAAAAGAUGAGGUAUAUGAUGCUGCCCAACGUGCAGCAAUACAUGACACUAUAAUGAAUUUCCCUCAACAGUAUUCUACUAUUGUUGGGGAACGAGGUCUCAAGUUAAGUGGUGGCGAGAAGCAGCGAGUGGCCCUAGCUCGUGCAUUUCUAAAAGCACCUCCAAUUCUGUUAUGCGAUGAAGCUACAAGUGCACUGGACAGCACAACAGAGGCGGAGAUAUUAAAUGCAUUGAAGACCUUAGCAAAUAAUCGGACUUCAGUCUUCAUUGCCCACAGGCUGACCACUGCAAUGCAAUGUGAUGAGAUAAUAGUUUUGGAGAAUGGAAAGGUGAUCGAACAGGGACCCCAUGAGGUUCUUUUGUCUAAGGCAGGAAGAUAUGCUCAGCUUUGGGGACAACAAAAUAACACCGUGGAUGCACUUGAUUCUGCUGUGAAAUUGAGUCCAUGAUUUUCAUCCCAUCCCCACAAUUUCUCACCCAAAAUAUGAAGGAUUUAAGAAUUUCCCUUGUUUGUAUCAUGCUGGAUGCAUACUCUGGCAUCACUUUGUAGAUAUGUUAAGCUGAUGUGAAGCAGAUGCAUUUUUUUGGAAGCCUAUACUUUCUGGUGGUGCCAGAUGAAGCAAUUGAUGCAUCCACGCUCUAAGUUCGCCUUCAUCAUAUGUCUGCAAGACACAGUCCUCUUGAUACAUGUACAAAAAGCAAUUAGCUGUGCAGGCUUAGUUAGCCCAUGUGUGAUACAUUAAUAGUUUUGGCAUUGUAACCUUAUACUUGAGUUUCACAAAUGUGUCACAAAUAAAGCCCUGUUUUCCAUUGAUACAUUUUUUUGAUUGAGGUUGUGUAAAAUAUUGUUCUUGCCAUAGUAAUUUUGGCGUAUCGAUAACGACAGUAUUAUAUACAUUAGCAUUGUGCCAAA